AUCGUUUGUGUUCCAAACCAACGUAAAAAGACGCAGUGCGCUGCAAACACAAGUCAGUCACGAAACUAGCAGAGUUUAUGAUUGUACCGGUAGAUACAUAGCACCUCUAUCUCAAAGCCAGGGGUUUCUUCUGCACCCCUGGUCUUUGGAGCGCGUAUUUUUUAACCUUAAUGAUUCUUAUUCUCCUGUUACACUGUCCAACUGAUGGUUAUUUACACGAGGGUUUAUUAUAGCAUGGGGGUAAUUAAUGCCUUGUGUUUUAAAGACUCAUAUUAACGAUACUUCCGCACUCCAAAAUGAGUGCGAUUAUAGAUAUAAGCUCGGGCAGCGAAGAAGAGCCGGACCUGGAGAUAGUAGGCGUGUUCAAAAGAGUCUGCAACUGCAAGAAAUCGGCUGGAAUAAAAUAUGCUUCGCGGAAGGUCAUUGACUUAACACAGAAUGACAAUGACCGGGGGCGCCACAGACAUAGGAAGAGCUCCAAUGAUCUUACAGUAGAGGUGGUGGACCUGAGCAAGUGUAGUUCACCCACAGAGAGCAGCAGGGGGCAGCAGAGCCCCCUCAGCUCUGAGAACGUGCUCACCAUUUUGUCAGAGGAGGAGGAAGAAGAGGUGAAUCCAAAAGUUAAUGAGUCCCCUGCAGCCACCAGCGCCAUGCAGCCGCCUGACCUGGGACUCUCCGGUUCUUGCUCCCUCAGCGAUCUCCCAGACACAGACAUCUCUUCCCCCACACUCCCUCAAUACCAGUUCAUGGAAGACUCCCAGUCUGAAAUCCUAUGCUCCCCCAAGCACCAGAACGAAUCAUAUUCCUCUGGGGCAGAGAAAGAAGAUCUGUUUGAACUGUGCUCCCGCGGUACCAAGUUGCUCCACAGUAUUGCAGCUCCUGGCGUGGGCACCGACCAGCCCUGCUCUUCAGAUACAAACUCUGCAGAACCCCAGGAGAAGAGCAUGGAACCCUCUGAGGUCGACUGUCAGAGAGGGCUUGACACCAAAGAGCCGCAAGACAGACAGUCCAAAACGCCCUCUCCUUCCCAUGAACUUGACGAGUCCACCAAUGGGCCUUUCACAAUUUCCUGUUCAAGUGGCAGUCAUGCUGCCAUCUCAAGCGAAGACAAGCAGGGAGAGUGCAGAGAGUCCUCUAGCAAGAGGUGGCAACCAGAAGGCAGCACCGACAAGCUCCUUUGUCUGCAGUGUUCUAUUAAAAACCUUCCUACAGAUACAAAGCAGCCUAGUGGCCAUUCCUUAACCGAGCAGCAGCAGGGAUCACCCAAUUGCUCUUCCCAGAUUGGUUCUAGUUUUAACGAACAGAAAGCAGUUGAAGCCAGCAGCCCGACUUCCACGGACAUUCUGGCCGGCGACUCUCCCGACUGGCUGAUGGACUGUGACCUCCCCUCCCCUCAGCUGGACAGUCCAGAUAGCCUGCCCUUUGUGGAUGAGAUGGAGUCGUACUCCAAACCCUGGAACAGCCUCUCAGACGGGAAGGCCUCUCCCCUCCGGUCCCCUCCUUUGCUGAGACGAGAGGUGGAUGGGGAAGAGGACAAAGCCAUGUCAGAGUGUUAUUCUAGUGUGGAAACAGAGCAGGAGUUAGAGGAGGAGCCGGAACAGGAUAUCUACUACAUAGACCGUGCUAAGCGCAAGAGGCUCAGUUUACUCACCGGCAUGCCAAUCCAGCAUAUGCUUCCCUGGAGAAUGACAGAAGAGGAAGAUCAAGACGAUGACGACGGGUCUGAUCUGAGUGAGGAGGAAGCGCCGCGGGAGCCCAUCUCUCAGCGAAGGUUGCGGCUGGCUCUCUGCACCAUUGAGGAGAGCUACCCCCAGGCCACCCUGCAGUUCCUCUUUGAUUUUAUGAGCCCGCGCUACUACCCCCCUGCCGACACAGUCAACCACGUUCUCAGGGAGAUCCUGCUGAACUCAGACUCACCCAUCCUUGCCGAAGAAGCCUACACCCUGCUUAUGAAGAUCCAGCUCUUUCACCCUGCAGAUCUGUCUACAGUUCAGUGGGACUGGGAACUUUUAUCCUCUGUCAUGGAUGAGAAGCUCGCCUGCUGUCUGUCCCCCCCCCCUCAGGACCACAUGAAAAGCCAGUCCCUGACCACAGGGCCGCUGUUCCUACAGUACGUGGUGCAGACCCUGGAGGAUGAUUUUCAGCGCAGGGUAGGGCAGCAAUCACUGCAGCUCUCCAUCGUCAAGGCAAUGCUUUCCUGUGACAGGAAGUUUACCCAUGUCAGAGAUGUGGUGGACUGGUUGAUAGGUGCUGUUACAAACAUCACUACGCAAGAAAAGAAGAAGAAAACGGGAGAUGAUUACAGACUCAAAAUGGUGUGCCUGCUCCAGAAGAUGCUGGCCCUGGCAGUGGAGGUGGAUCGCUCCCCUACCUGCAGCUCCAACAAGCUCUCUGAGGAGAUGUUCCAGUCCUUUUUUGGCAGUGCUCUCAGGAGGCGUCACAUAGUGCAGCUAUUGAACACUAUGGAGAGCCAGCUGCUGUGCUGCAAGCUGCUCGAGUUGCUCUUAGGCUACGCCUGUCCCCUGAGAACACAGCUGCACAUGUCACUGGGCCUGAUCCUGCACUUCCUGCGACAUGCAGAGCUUCCCUCUGACACCACGGGCGGUGUAGAAGAGCGGUGGCAGCGAUGGGAUGAUUUGCUUAACCUGCUGGUGCUGCUGUUCCACAGUUACCAGGAGGUCACCAAUGGUUAUCUUCGAGUCUCCAUCACGGAACGUGCAAAACACUAUGGCACGAGGCCAGCAGUGAUCGAGGAAGACAAGAUCACAGAGAUGGAAGUCGAAUCAGAUUUAGACAUUUUCCGCAGCAGAGUAUCCAAAGACCUGGGCGAGCCACUGAAUUUGCAGCUGGAGGAACGAUUCAGCCAACUGCAAGCUCUCCUCCUCAACUCAAUUACAGGGAAAAACAAAUAUACUUGUAUUUUGCUUAUGUAAAUAAAUGGUUUAAUCCACUUUUUUAAUAAUGAAACAA